AUGGACGUGGACGUGGACGUGGACGUGGACAUGGACGUGGACAUGGACGUGGACAUGGUCGUGGAAUUUGACGUGGACGUGGACGUGGACGUGGACGUGGACGUGGACGUGGACAUGGACGUGGACGUGGACGUGGACGUGGACGUGGACGUGGACAUGGACGUGGACGUGGACGUGGACGUGGACGUGGACGUGGACGUGGACCUGGACGUGGACGUGGACGUGGACGUGGACAUGGUCGUGGACGUGGACGUGGACGUGGACGUGGACAUGGACGUGGACGUGGACGUGGAGGUGGACGUGGACGUGGACGUGGACGUGGACGUGGACGUGGACAUGGACGUGGAGGUGGCCGUGGACGUGGACGUGGACGUGGACGUGGACAUGGACGUGGACGUGGCCAUGGACGUGGCCAUGGACGUGGCCGUGGACGUGGACGUGGACGUGGCCAUGGACGUGGCCGUGGACGUGGACGUGGACGUGGACAUGGACGUGGACAUGGACGUGGACAUGGUCGUGGACUUUGACGUGGACGUGGAUGUGGACCUGGACGUGGACGUGGACAUGGACGUGGACGUGGUCGUGGACUUUGACGUGGACGUGGACGUGAACGUGGACGUGGACGUGGACGUGGACAUGGUCGUGGACGUGGACGUGGACAUGAAAGUGGACAUGGACGUGGACGUGGACGUGGACGUGGACAAGGUCGUGGACGUGGACGUGGACGUGGACAUGGACGUGGAUGGGACAUGGAAGUGGACGUGGACGUGGACGUGGAUGGACGUGGACAUGGACGUGGACGUGGACGUGGACGUGGACGUGGUCGUGGACAUGGACAUGGACGUGGACGUAGACGUGGACGUGGACGUGGACGUGGACGUGGACGUGGACCUGGACGUGGACGUGGACAUGGACGUGGACGUGGACCUGGACGUGGACGUGGACAUGGACGUGGACAUGGACGUGGACAUGGUCGUGGACGUGGACGUGGACGUGGACGUGGACGUGGACGUGGACGUGGACAUGGACGUGGACGUGGACGUGGACGUGGACGUGGACAUGGACGUGGACAUGGACGUGGACAUGGACGUGGACAUAGAUAUGGACGUGGACGUGGACGUGGACGUGGACAUGGACGUGGACAUGGACGUGGACAUGGUCGUGGACUUUGACGUGGACGUGGAGGUGGACAUGGACGUGGACGUGGACAUGGACGUGGACGUGGUCGUGGACUUUGACGUGGACGUGGACGUCGACGUGCACGUGGACGUGGACGUGGACGUGGACGUGGACUUGGUCGUGGACGUGGACGUGGACGUGGACGUGGACGUGGACAUGGACGUGGACAUGGACGUGGACGUGGACGUGGACGUGGACUUGGACGUGGACGUGGACGUGGACGUGGACGUGGACGUGGACAUGGACGUGGACGUGGACAUGGACGUGGACAUGGACGUGGACAUGGACGUGGACGUGGACGUGGACGUGGACGUGGACGUGGACGUGGACGUGGACGUGGACAUGGACGUGGACGUGGACGUGGACGUGGACGUGGACGUGGACGUGGACCUGGACGUGGACCUGGACGUGGACGUGGACGUGGACGUGGACGUGGACGUGGACGUGGAGGUGGACGUGGACGUGGACGUGGGCGUGGACGUGGGCGUGGACGUGGACAUGGACGUGGACAUGGUCGUGGACGUGGACGUGGACGUGGACGUGGACGUGGACGUGGACGUGGACGUGGACCUGGACGUGGACCUGGACGUGGACGUGGACGUGGACAUGGACGUGGACAUGGACGUGGACAUGGACGUGGACGUGGACGUGGACGUAGAUAUGGACGUGGACGUGGACGUGGACGUGGACGUGGACAUGGACGUGGACAUGGACGUGGACAUGGUCGUGGAAUUUGACGUGGACGUGGACGUGGACGUGGACGUGGACGUGGACGUGGACGUGGACAUGGACGUGGACGUGGACGUGGACGUGGACGUGGACGUGGACCUGGACGUGGACGUGGACGUGGACGUGGACAUGGUCGUGGACGUGGACGUGGACGUGGACAUGGACGUGGACGUGGACGUGGAGGUGGACGUGGACGUGGACGUGGACGUGGACGUGGACAUGGACGUGGAGGUGGCCGUGGACGUGGACGUGGACGUGGACGUGGACGUGGACAUGGACGUGGACGUGGCCAUGGACGUGGCCAUGGACGUGGCCGUGGACGUGGACGUGGACGUGGACGUGGCCAUGGACGUGGCCGUGGACGUGGACGUGGACGUGGACAUGGACGUGGACAUGGACGUGGACAUGGUCGUGGACUUUGACGUGGACGUGGAUGUGGACCUGGACGUGGACGUGGACAUGGACGUGGACGUGGUCGUGGACUUUGACGUGGACGUGGACGUGAACGUGGACGUGGACGUGGACGUGGACAUGGUCGUGGACGUGGACGUGGACGUGGACAUGGACGUGGACAUGGACGUGGACGUGGACGUGGACGUGGACAAGGUCGUGGACGUGGACGUGGACGUGGACGUGGACAUGGACGUGGAUGGGACAUGGAAGUGGACGUGGACGUGGACGUGGAUGGACGUGGACAUAGACGUGGACGUGGACGUGGACGUGGACGUGGACGUGGUCGUGGACAUGGACAUGGACGUGGACGUAGAUGUGGACGUGGACGUGGACGUGGACGUGGACGUGGACCUGGACGUGGACGUGGACAUGGACGUGGACGUGGACCUGGACGUGGACGUGGACAUGGACGUGGACAUGGACGUGGACAUGGUCGUGGACGUGGACGUGGACGUGGACGUGGACGUGGACGUGGACAUGGACGUGGACGUGGACGUGGACGUGGACGUGGACAUGGACGUGGACAUGGACGUGGACAUGGACGUGGACAUAGAUAUGGACGUGGACGUGGACGUGGACGUGGACAUGGACGUGGACAUGGACGUGGACAUGGUCGUGGACUUUGACGUGGACGUGGAGGUGGACAUGGACGUGGACGUGGACAUGGACGUGGACGUGGUCGUGGACUUUGACGUGGACGUGGACGUCGACGUGCACGUGGACGUGGACGUGGACGUGGACUUGGUCGUGGACGUGGACGUGGACGUGGACGUGGACGUGUACAUGGACGUGGACAUGGACGUGGACGUGGACGUGGACGUGGACUUGGACGUGGACGUGGACGUGGACGUGGACGUGGACAUGGACGUGGACGUGGACAUGGACGUGGACGUGGACAUGGACGUGGACGUGGACGUGGACGUGGACGUGGACGUGGACGUGGACGUGGACAUGGACGUGGACGUGGACGUGGACGUGGACGUGGACGUGGACGUGGACGUGGACCUGGACGUGGACCUGGACGUGGACGUGGACGUGGACGUGGACGUGGACGUGGACGUGGAGGUGGACGUGGACGUGGACGUGGACGUGGACGUGGACAUGGACGUGGACGUGGCCGUGGACGUGGACUUGGACGUGGACGUGGACGUGGACAUGGACGUGGACGUGGCCAUGGACGUGGCCAUGGACGUGGACGUGGACAUGGACGUGGACGUGGCCAUGGACGUGGCCGUGGAGGUGGGCGUGGGCGUGGACGUGGACGUGGACGUGGACGUGGACGUGCACGUGGACGUGGACGUGGACGUGGACGUGGAUGUGGACGUGGACGUGGACGUGGACGUGGACGUGGAUGGACACGUGGACGUGGACGUGGACGUGGACGUGGACCUGGACGUGGACCUGGACGUGGACGUGGACGUGGACGUGGACGUGGACGUGGACAUGGACGUGGACAUGGACGUGGACAUGGUCGUGGACGUGGACGUGGACGUGGACGUGGACGUGGACGUAGACGUGGACGUGGACGUGGACGUGGACCUGGACGUGGACAUGGACGUGGCCAUGGACGUGGACAUGGACGUGGACAUGGACGUGGACGUGGACGUGGACGUAGAUAUGGACGUGGACGUGGACGUGGACGUGGACAUGGACGUGGACAUGGACGUGGACAUGGUCGUGGACUUUGACGUGGACGUGGACGUGGACCUGGACAUGGACGUGGACAUGGACGUGGACGUGGACGUGCACGUGGACGUGGACGUGCACGUGGACGUGGACGUGGACGUGGACGUGGACAUGGUCGUGGACGUGGACGUGGACGUGGACGUGGACGUGGACGUGGACGUAGAAAACGUGGACGUGGACGUGGACAUGGACGUGGACGUGGCCAUGGACGUGGCCAUGGACGUGGACGUGGACGUGGACGUGGACGUGGACGUGGACGUGGCCAUGGACGUGGCCGUGGACGUGGGCGUGGACUUGGGCGUGGACGUGGACGUGGACAUGGACGUGGACGUGGCCAUGGACGUGGACGUGGACGUGGACGUGGACGUGGACCUGGACGUGGACAUGGACGUGGACGUGGACGUGGACAUGGACGUGGACAUGGACGUGGACGUGGACGUGGACGUAGAUAUGGACGUGGACGUGGACGUGGACGUGGACAUGGACGUGGACAUGGACGUGGACAUGGUCGUGGACUUUGACGUGGACGUGGACGUGGACCUGGACGUGGACGUGGACAUGGACGUGGACGUGGACGUGGACGUGCACGUGGACGUGGACGUGCACGUGGACGUGGACGUGGACGUGGACGUGGACAUGGUCGUGGACGUGGACGUGGACGUGGACGUGGACGUGGACGUGGACGUGGACGUGGACGUAGAAAACGUGGACGUGGACGUGGACAUGGACGUGGACGUGGCCAUGGACGUGGCCAUGGACGUGGACGUGGACGUGGACGUGGACGUGGACGUGGCCAUGGACGUGGCCGUGGACGUGGGCGUGGACUUGGGCGUGGACGUGGACAUGGACGUGGACGUGGACAUGGACGUGGACGUGGCCAUGGACGUGGACGUGGACGUGGACGUGGACGUGGACGUGGACAUGGACGUGGACGUGGACGUGGACGUGGACAUGGACAUGGAGGUGGACAUGGACGUGGACCUGGACGUGGACGUGGACGUGGACGUGAACUUGGACAUGGACGUGGACGUGGACGUGGACGUGGACGUGGACGUGGACAUGGACGUGGACGUGGACGUGGACGUGGACAUGGACGUGGACAUGGACAUGGACAUGGACGUGGACAUGGACUGGACAUGGACGUAG